AUACAGUCCAAAAGACUACCUAUUAUUAACUACGGAUAUUUCAAAUUUUUCUUGGAAAAUUAUCUUAAAGAUUUUCGAUUUUUGCGAAGCAAUUUGCUAAGCACCAAAAUCAAAUACCGAUUCUUUAACGAAAUCGGAACUUUGUUUUGAUUGUGAAUUUCGAUGCAAAUUAGAACGUAAAAGACGUAAAACGCACUUAAUUUGUGAAAAAACUCGCGAAAAAAGGCAGCGAGUUACCGUAACAGUUACGGAAGCAGCGCAACAGUGAUUUCAGAUAAUGUCGCUGGCAUUAAAAGUUCAGAAAUUCAUCCACUAUGGGAACGAGUUCCCAUUCUAUGUGGAUGGUGCUGUGCGACUCACGAUCCCGGAUAACCUGUUGAAAGCUGACGAAGCCAAAGUUCUGACACGUAGCGAGUGUGUCCAGGUGUUGGAUGUCAUCAAAAAAGCUGUGGUACGUGUCAAGAGUCUCGCUCGGAUCGACGAAACUUUGGUGCUGGUGGUUUUCAUCUUGCGUCACUUGGCAGAUCCCGACUUGCGAUCUCUGGUCUACGAGGCAUUGUGCGAAAUCCUCACAAAUUUCAAUGACUUGACACUCUUUUUGAUGUACAGAAGUCGAUUGGGUGUGCCAUCACCACCACCAUCAACUACGACAACCACGACAAAUGACGACGCAGGUGCCAAUGGUGAAAACACUCCAUCCAAAACGCAUUUUAGCAGCGGCUUGAAGAGUUUCCUGCAAAAGUGGUACGACAAGCAAACGUUGGAGCAACUUACGGAAAUGAUUGGCGAGCAUCGCAAGUUGAACGGAUGGCGACAUCGUGAUAUUGUGUCGCUGGCGCACAUCAAGUUCGCGGAUGCGGCAAAGAAAAAAGUCAUUGACGUGGCGUUCCAGCGUGGUAGCAAGUUCGUGGCUGAUUCCACGGGCAACGAGGACGAAACUGUGCAGAAGCUAGUGGAUAUUUGUCGUGUUCGCAUGAGCGAAGACCCGACCGAAGUGUCUGAACUGGUUUCCAAGCAUAAACUCCGUUUCGAACACCUGCCAUCUGCCUUAUACAAGACGCCAGAAAUCUGGGAAAAGUGUCUGCCGGUGCUAUCAUACAGUGCUCUCCUCAAUUGCUUGCACAUCCUGCAAGACUUGAAUCUCCUGACGCCGCAGCAAGGACUCGCCAAGAAGGUCGGUUUCGCCAUCGGUAAUCCCAAGACGCUGAAAGAGGCAAAACUGCAUCCGUUCAAGCUGUACACGGAGCUGCAGCUGUACGAGAACAAUGAACGCUACACGGAAAACGUUCACGAACAACAUCGCGCAAAGAAAGUUGCCAAACUCAAAAUUACGCCAAAUAAGGAAAUUGUCAAAAAGUUACGUACCGCUUUCGAGCAAAGUUUCGACCACUAUCCGGCAACCGGAGCUCGUCUCAUCAUCACGCUCGACAAUCGCCAUGCCAUGUACACCAAAAAAGUGCUCAGCAAAAAUGUCAGCAAGCACAUUUCCUGCUUCGAAGCAUCUCUCAUCAUUGCCUUAACGUACUUGAAGCGGGAACGCGACGUCAAAAUUCUCACGUACACGGACGACGAAGGAACGGAUGGCGGUAUUGAGGUGCUGCCACUGCAAAAAUCAAUGUCCUUCGAGGAUGCCCUGCAAUUCUGCAAGACGCGUCAACGUGACAAAACGCUCAGCAGCCUCGAACUACCAUGGAAUUUUGCCAAAACGAAGGGCAUGAAGGCCGACGUAUUUAUGACAAUUACAGAUUCGAUAAUUCGUAAUGCGCCUCUCGCAAAGCCACCAACGCAGGCUAUCAGUGCGUACAAGAAGGCCGUCAACAUGUCGAAUGUUCGUCAUGUUUUGAUUGGACUCGCGAAUCCAAAGCGCACGUUCGAGACUCUCGGACCCGAGGAAGGACGCAUUUUGGAAGUGGCUGGUUUCACAUCAAAUACCGCUAAAGUUGUCGAUGAGUUCAUCAAGGGAACUCUUUAAAGUACUAUUUUCUUUUUCUACUGAAACCGUAUUGUGAGAGAGAUCUCUCUAAAGAUCUUUUCGUAAAUUGCUUUGUAUUAACUAGUUUUGAACUACUUUUGCUUUUCUUAUCGUUACUAUUGAUAAACUAAGAAUAUUACUUAUUAUUAACCUUAAGUACUCGAUGAAUAAAUUCGAAAAAGUUGAUUUCUAAAUUCUAAUAUUUUUACGUGUCAUAAUUUACCUCAAAACAAAAUCUAAUUAAAAAUAAGCACACACAAUACACGAAAUUACCAUAAAAUUUAAAAAGAACGAAAUUCAAAAAAAAAAAAAUAAUUGUUAAAAAAAAUAAUACAUAUUAAGCCGCUCCAAAUUUAUUUCGAACAUAUUGUCCCGAAAGAAAAAAAAAUCUGUAUUUUUCAUAGAAAAUUUUUUAACUGUUUUUAAGUUAUAUUAAUUGGUUGUUAAUUAGUCUAUGAACAUUUCAAGUUAAAAAUAAAAAAAAAUUAAACAACUUUAAUUUAUUUCAAAUUUCUUUAAUUUUUUUGAAAAAAUAUAAAAAGAUCAAAAAACUCAUUAAGAUUAAAAUUCUCAUUUACGAUAAGGCAAGGGACAAAAAUUCUUUAAAAAAAUUGAAGAAGCUUAAAUAUGUAUCUAAAAUAAUCGAAAUCUCAUUACAGACGAAAAACGAAAUAAAAGAAAUUCUAAAAUUACGCUUAAAACUAAAAAAAAAUAGACACUCGAUUAAAAAAUAUGUAAUAAAAAUUAGUCAAAAAAAAACUAUAUUGAAACUCUAAAAUAUUUCCACAAAAAUUUAAUUACUGGUUUGAUUAAACACAAAUACUGGAAAUAUAAAAAAAUUGUUAUUUAACAAGUUGAAUUUUCUAUCUGUUAUUUUUUGUACAUGAAUUUAAAAAAAAUAUUUCGCUAUGUGAAAAAAAAUGUUUUAAACUAU